GGUCCCCCGCCCCGGAAUCUGGGGCUCCGGGACCCCGGACUCUGGAACGUCGGUGACGGAAGGGGCAUCCCUGCCACCCCCCGCCCUCCCCCUUCCCACAGGUUGGCCGAAUGGACGCUGCAAAGAGGAAAUCCAGUUAUCAAAAUGACUCCAGAAAAGAGAACCUAACAUCCAUUAACAAUGGGAAAUAUUGAAAACGUUACCAAAAAGCUACUAUUCCUCAAAACACCAGGCCCAGAUGGUGUCACAGGGUCAAUGGCAUUGGUUUGGUUCUAAGUGUGGAAACGAGCUUCAGAGAGGUUAAAAAAAAUCCUUCAUGAACACGACAGAUCUUAAGCCACAUGAUGGAUUCAGAAGCUCAUAAAAAGAGGUCGCCAAUCAUAACAUCUUCAAAACAAGAUAUAUCACCUCAUAUUACAGAUGUUGGUGAAAGGAAACAUUAUUUGUGUGGCUGCUGUGCAGCUUUCAGCAACGUAGCGAUCACAUUUCCCAUUCAGAAGGUCCUCUUUCGGCAACAGCUGUAUGGAAUCAAAACCAGGGAUGCAGUGCUUCAGUUGAGGAGGGAUGGAUUUCGAAACUUGUAUCGCGGAAUUCUUCCUCCAUUAGUGCAGAAGACAACUACACUGGCACUUAUGUUUGGUCUGUAUGAGGAUUUAUCUUGCCUUCUCCGUAAGCAUAUCAGUACCCCAGAUUUUGCAACCCGUAGCAUGGCAGCAAUACUUGCAGGGACAACAGAAGCAAUUUUCACUCCAUUGGAAAGAGUUCAGACACUGCUUCAAGACCACAAGCAUCAUGAUAAAUUUACAAACACUUACCAGGCUUUCAAGGCACUGAAAUGCCAUGGAAUUGGAGAGUAUUAUCGAGGCCUCAUACCUGUUCUUUUCCGUAAUGGGUUCAGCAAUGUCCUGUUUUUUGGCCUCCGGGGUCCCAUUAAGGAGCACCUGCCUACUGCAACAACGUACAGUGCUCAUUUGGUCAAUGAUUUUAUCUGUGGAGGUCUACUGGGUGCCAUGUUGGGAAUCUUGUUUUUUCCAAUUAAUGUUGUAAAAACUCGCAUGCAGUCUCAGAUUGGUGGGGAAUUUCAGUCUUUUCCCAAGGUUUUCAAAAUAAUCUGGUUAGAACGAGACAGGAAACUGACAAAUCUUUUCAGAGGUGCCCAUCUAAAUUACCACCGGUCCCUCAUCUCUUGGGGCAUAAUCAAUGCAACUUAUGAAUUCCUGUUAAAGAUUACAUGAAAGAAAUAAUUAAGUGCCAUUUACCAACUGACUAGACCUUUAAAGAAGAAUGUAGUUUGGCCUCGUUCCUAAUUGGCCAAUAUAAGUUGGUGUCGUAAGUUCAGGGCACAAUGAAUUAUGGCAAAGCUGUUUUCCUUAAGCACCAACAAAUGCAGAAUAAAAGGUUUCAAUAGAAGAAUUUAAGGGUUUUGGGGUGUGUUUUUUUAAAUUUUUUUUUAUUGAUUUCAGAGAGAGGAAGGGAGAGAGAAACAUCAG